AUGUGGCAGGAGAACGGGGAGACUAGGUACAAAGAAAUGGCGCGCGAACAAAAUCCAGUAAAUUGCAGACGAGAAGAGAACAGGAGAUUGGGAACUGCGGACUUUUCAACAAUGGAAAAUAGUAGCCAAGAAGCUGAAGAAGAAACCCGUGGCAGCGGAGGCAGAAAGAAGUCUUUGUCCGAGAGACAAGAGACUGAAGAGCAACGACAAAAAAGACUCCGAAAAAAUGAACUUCAAAAACAGCGCACUCGUAGAGGAAGACUUCGAGAUGUGGAAAUCAUGAACGGGAAUGAUCCAAUCAAAAAGAGGAAAGUCGAACAGGGAAGGCUCAAAAGAAGUGAACAGGCAAAGCGAAAACAUCAAAGAAGAGUAAAACGAGAGGAGGAAAUCAUGAACGGGAAUGAUUCAAUCAAAAAGGCGAAGCUCGAACAGAAAAUGCUCGGGAAAAAAGAACGAGUAAAACGGAAACAUCAAGAAACAGCGAAACGAGAGAAGGAAAUCGAAAAUGGUGACGACGAGUUGGAGAAGGAAAGACUAGUGGCUAGAAAAAACAACCGUAACCGCAGGGAAAGGGAGCGUUAUCAUAGAGAGAAGGGAAAGGCGGCUCAGAUCAUGAAAGAGUAUGAUCAGCAGGUGAGGGCGACACCAAGAGUGGAAGACGAAGAAGACGUUGGCGAUGAUGGAUCGGAGGAGGGAAAAAAAGGCUAUUGGCAAGAAGAACAAGGUGAUGAGUACGAGAAAUAG